CUGCAAUCCUCUCCUCUCCUGUCACUGCUGAAGCGAGGCAGGGACCAGCAGCCUCCGUGCAGAAGGUCCCGCAUUGAGGUCAUGAUGACAUGGUGAAGCUGAAAGUAGGACCCGGGAACCUUUCCUCUGCUUCAGUUUUAGUACUGUAGUGAAUUUGCCACGGAUUCCACUUUUUCCACCAUGGCUAAGAGUGCAGAAGUGAAACUGGCAAUCUUUGGUCGAGCUGGAGUGGGGAAAUCAGCUCUUGUUGUACGCUUCCUGACCAAGCGGUUCAUCUGGGAGUAUGACCCUACUCUAGAGUCAACAUAUCGUCACCAAGCAACGAUUGAUGAUGAAGUUGUUUCCAUGGAGAUACUAGACACAGCUGGUCAGGAGGAUGCUAUUCAGAAAGAAGGACAUGUACGAUGGGGUGAAGGUUUUGUACUGGUCUAUGACAUCACUGACAGGGGCAGCUUUGAGGAAGUGCUACCACUGAAAAACUUGCUGGAUGAAGUUAAAAAGCCCAAAAACGUUACUCUCAUCCUAGUGGGAAACAAAGCUGACCUGGAUCAUUCCAGGCAGGUCAGCACAGAGGAGGGUGAAAAGCUGGCCACAGAACUAGCAUGCGCUUUUUAUGAGUGCUCUGCUUGCACUGGUGAAGGCAACAUCAUGGAAGCCUUCUACGAGCUCUGCCGUGAGGUGCGGCGUCGGAAGAUGGUUCAGGGCAAGACUCGGAGACGGAGCUCCACCACCCAUGUCAAGCAGGCCAUUAACAAGAUGCUGACCAAAAUCAGCAGCUAAGGGAGUGGUGUUAAAGUAGCAAAAUGUUACAGAGCAGUUUGGUUUGGAGUUGGGAGGAGGCAGCCAGAUCACAUGAUUGAUGCUUUAUUUUUUAAUGGGGAAGCAAAGAGAAAACAACGCACAAUUCCCUUUUUGAGUAACAUAAGCCUAGAUUUUUUCCAGCUUUAAAUGAUUUUAGAGUGUUUGUAUCCACUCUACAUUAUUUCUGUCCAACAUUGAAGAGAUAUUCUAAAGGACUGGAUGACUCAGGGGAUGGGUAAUGAGACAACACCUUAUGCUUCUAGGUUGCUGACUCCAGUAGAACCCAGAUUGUAUGAAACAGAGUCAUUAUCAUUCAAGAGCUUUUCAGUAGUCUAUGGAAAAUAAGCCUCCAUCUAGCCAUGGUCAUCACAAUUUGGAUUUCUCAACAGAGACCAAGGACCCAAAUGCACUUGCAGAUUGCGGCAUUGUACUCCCUAUAGAUGGAGAAAAUCAGUCUCCAAAAUUGCUAACGGGACACCCUUUACCAGCGCUAAGUUGACACAGUUUUUGUUGUAACAAACCCAUUUUUUUCCGGCUCCGAUACUAGUGCCUACACUCUUAUGUAUGUAAUUAAUAUAGUAAAUGUGUCACAUGCCAGAUGAAGAUUCAGUCAGUGAUGGAUGGAUUUCAGUGAGUCUGAAAUUCAUCUGCUUUUCUAGGUGUCUUAGAACUGGAGAAUUGGGCUGGAAAUAGUACAUAAACAACAUUUCCAAUGACAUUUCAGUAUUUCCACCCCCAAGAACAGAAAUGAGUGUGCAGGGGCCGGACAGGGGUGGAAAUCAAACUCUAAGAUAGACAAAACGUCAAUCAAUCAAUCAAUCAGUUCAGUAGUAGUUUAAAUUAAGUUUUCACUUUGCCCUCAUUUCAUUAAAAAUGGAUCGUCUUUUUCUAGCUAACACUAAAUAUGGGCCUCAAAGUUUGGGAAGGGUAAAGAUUUCAAAUCUAAACUUGUAUGCACCUAAAGUAAACUGCCCUUUCCAUUACAAAAGCUUCCUAAGCAUUCAAAUGUUUAAAAAUCAGUUGGACUUUUUCUUGCUUGAGCCUAUGUCUUGUUUAAACCAGCACAUGCUUUUGCGAUGUUUUUGUGGGACAAUAAUUUGCAUAUGCAUUUAAUUCAAUAUUUGUGAUUGGGGUAGAACAUUCCCUUUUCUUUUUCCCCUCUCUACCUGUCAUUUGAGCAAACUGUCAGAUUUACCUAUAGCUUACUAACUUAGUGGCUGUAUUUCUGAGGCCUUCCUCCAAGAAAAGGUAUACAGGUGCACAGGUUAGGGAGUACUGUAAGUGUUUUCAGAUUAUCGUCCUUUCUUAGGAUUUGUUUCAUACUCUUUGUGCAGCUAAGAAUGGUGUCAAGACUGGCAUCAUGCUGAGCAGCUUCAAAUGGAAAUAUAAGAAACUCUUCUUUGAUGACCAGUACACUUCUAUGCAACAUUCAGUUUUAUUCUCCACUGCUUUGCACUUGUCAGUUAUUUAUGCCUGUACAAAACCAGUGCAAGAUGGGUAUAAAACACUACUACAGUUGCAGGCAGGUAGGGAUAUUUGAUUUGUCUGCACUUUAGAGAGGUAUGAAUAGGCAUAUAAAGUUCAAUGUUGUGUAUAUCUGGCCCACCAUACUCACGUGAGUGGGGAUGCAGGAGUCCUUAAACUGUUUGUAAACCACAACCAUUAAGGGAACUCUGUUAAAAUUUUCUUUUCUUUGUGUCACUAGCUAAGUACAGUCAGUCAAAAAGCCCAAGGCUGAAUCAAUUCAAUC